GCCAUUUACAAAUUAUCGAGUGCAUUCAGAUCAACUAACUGCAAUUAAUGAAAAUUGAUUUGUCGUUGAGGCUCUGAUGGACCCAAUCGAGGCGUCAGAGUUAUUAAUUUCGGACAGGUUCUUCUUUGAAGAUGGAACAAAAUCUUUUUUGUCACCAGCGUCUCCUACCACUUAUAAGAAUCAGAAUCGGGAGGCUACACGCAUUUGUUUUACAACAUUCUGAAGAGAUCCAAGUAUCAAAUUAAUGUACAUGGAGUCGUAGUGUGUUAGCCACGAUGCAAAAGAUUUUAAUCAUAAGUUUUAUUGUUACAACUUUAGCGUUAACAGAAGGAAGGUCUACAAUUAACAGACCUAGAUUUAAACGUGAACAUAUCCCUCCUCCGGGUGUACCAACUUUCCGUAGGGAUUCUGUAGAGCAUAUUCCAAAGGGAGAAAAAAAUCUUCCUCUGUUAACGGAAACACAUUAUGGAUCUACUACUAUUCCAUUAAGAGCGGCAGUUGAAAGCGUUCCAAACGUGUUGGAAAAUUCUAGACGUUUACCUCUUCGAGAUGCCGUAGAAAAACGUCCACCCCCUGAUGAUCCUUUAGACAUAGAACAAGACAUAAUUUCAGGACAACUAAAUCUCAACGAUGAUUCUAUAGAAACGUAUGCUGCUAAUUUAAACUUUCAACAACAAUAUUAUCCUUUUCUACAGACGCCAUAUCAAGGAUAUCAACAAUCCUAUUAUUCUCCUAUUCAAUAUUUUCAGAAUAUUUUAACUGAUUACAAAGUAACUAAUCCUUAUAGAAUCGAUAAUAGUUAUCAACAGUUAAUUGUGAGUCCUUUUGGUUUGCCACAAUAUGAUUUACAUCAACGAUUUAAAAAAAGCUCAGCCGAUAAUCAAAAAAUAGUUUGUUACGUAGGGGGGAUAGCUGCGUAUAGAAAAGAACCCCUCACCUUCGGUCCGGAGGACCUAGAUCCAUAUAUUUGCACCCAUAUUAUUUAUAAUUACGCAACUAUUGAUCCAAUCACCUAUACCAUAGUUUCCAAUGAUGAAAACUACGAUAUUGUUAAAGGUGGAUAUAAAGCAAUUACUAGUUUACGCAACAAGAACCCAAAUCUGAAGAUCCUCAUUUCUUUGGGUGGAAGCAAAGAAGAUGGUUCCCGCCGGUUCAGUAACAUGGUGUCAAACUCGAGAAAACGUAUCAAUUUUAUACGUUCCCUUAUAUCUUUCCUGGAAAAAUACAAUUUCGACGGUAUGGAAGUCCAUUGGGAGUAUCCAGGAUCACAAGAAUUCGGAGGACAAAGAACUGACAAAGAAUUUCUAGCUUUAUUUUUGGAAGAAACAUCGGAAAUAUUCAAACAACGACAGUGGAGUUUAGUCCUUUCGGCACCUGCUUCAAGAUUCAAAGUAGAAGACGGUUUCAAUCCAGAAAGAAUCGGCAAUUUCGUCGAUUUCGUCAACCUCCAAACAUACGAUUUCCAUUUCGAAAGAGAAUCCGUCGCAGAUCAUCACGCAAAUUUAUUUACUAGACCUGAAGAUAGCGGCCUUAAUAUUUUCUUCAACGUAGACUAUGCCGUUCAGUUUUGGUUACGAAAAGGACUCCCUAACUCAAAAUUAAUCCUAGGAAUACCAUUUUUCGGUCGAUCUUUCACUCUAAAACACGCAAAUCAAACAGAAAUCGGUUCACCGAUUAUAGGAGCAGGUCGAGAGGGAUAUUAUACUAGAACCCCGGGAUUUUUAGCUUAUUUCGAAAUUUGCGACAUGAUCCUCAACGAAGGUUGGUUUAAAAGCGAAGAUGCAGCUGGUUCUCCUUUUAUAGUCAAUGGAGAUCAAUGGGUAGGGUAUGAUGAUACAGUUAGCAUCAAAAGAAAGAUCGAUUACGUUAAAGAACAUAAAUUAGGCGGAGUUGUUAUUAACGCAGCAGAUUUCGACGACUUUAAAGGACUGUGCGGUGCAAAAUGGCCCCUUUUAACUACCAUAAACAGCGAAUUAAAAGGUGUGAAUCCGGUGUUCAUAUCGGACGCUAUGGAAGUUCCACCGACGAAACCUUUUGGGGUUUGCGAUUCCGUAGGCUACUACAGCGAUUCGAGCAACUGUGCGGCUUAUUACAUAUGUAAAAACGGGCUUAUUUAUCAUUUAUCUUGUGGUAAUGAUCUGAUGUUUAACCCCACUAACGGAAAAUGCGAUCACGUCAAUCCGCUCAAUUGUAGACCUGGUGAAACUAUAUAUAUUCCGAGUUCGUUGAAAGAGAUCCGUUUAACAGAUGAGAAAGAAAAAUUUAUCGACAAAAAAUCUAAAGUAAGUAAAAGAAACGUUGUAUGUUAUGUGACCAACUGGGCUUUCUACAGAAAAGGAGAAGGAAAAUUCGUACCGGAACAUAUAGAUCAAAGACUUUGUACUCACGUUGUGUAUGCUUUUGCUAGCUUGGAUCCGGAAAAAUUACUCAUCAAGGAAUUUGAUCCUUGGGCAGAUCUAGAUAAUAAUCUUUACGAACGUAUAACUUCCUUAAAGGAUACUAAAGUUCUGUUGUCCCUUGGUGGUUGGACGGAUUCUACUGGUGAUAAAUAUUCGAGAUUAGUAAGCGACGGUUCGGCUAGAAGAAAAUUCGUUAUCGGUGUGGUGGCUUUUUUGAGAAAAUAUAAAUUUAGAGGAUUGCAAUUCGAUUGGAAUUAUCCGACGUGCUGGCAGAGUAACUGUCAAAGAGGACCGUCAACCGAUAAGGCGAAUUUUGCCAAAAUCAUACAGGAACUGAGAAAAGAAUUUGAUAAACAAUCGCCGCCACUAAUAUUAGCAGCAGCUAUAUCCGGCUAUAAAGAAGUUAUAGAUUUAGCUUACGAUCUACCGACACUAGGAGAAAAUUUAGAUUUUCUCUCGGUGAUGACAUACGACUAUCAUGGUGCUUGGGAAGGUCAAACAGGACACGUUAGUCCUUUAUAUGGAAGACCGGGAGAUACGUAUCCACAGUAUAACGUGAAUUUCACAAUGGAAUAUCUGGUAUCCAAAGGAGCUCCAAAAGAAAAACUUCUUCUCGCCAUACCUUUUUACGGUCAAAGUUUCACUUUAACUAAAAAAUCUAAUUAUUCAGAAGGAACCAGAAGCAACGGACCAGGCGAACCCGGUGAAUAUACCAAACAACCAGGGAUGUUAGCUUAUUACGAAAUUUGUAAUAAAAUUAAAAAUCAAAGAUGGAUAGCCAACAAAAAUAACAUAGAAACAGGUCCUUACGCUUAUAGUACUGACCAAUGGGUAGGUUACGAGGACACGACAUCAAUAAAAAGGAAGGUGGAGUUAAUUAAAUCUAGAGGUUUCGGAGGAGCCGUAGCUUGGACGAUAGAUCUCGACGAUUUUAACAAUAGGUGCUGCGAGGGUUCGUUUCCUUUGUUAAAGACCCUCAGUAGAGGAUUAGGACUCAUAUCUGAUGAACCUGUUCGAACUGAUUGUACAAAACCAGUACCACCUUCCACUCCCGCACCUCCUGAAACUACUACAGGUGUCGAUUCUGGUAUAUUUACAACAACUUCUUGGUGGAGUACAAUAACAACUACCAAACCUUCAUCUACAACAGCUUGGUGGGAACGACCCUCAAGUACUUGGUGGAGCACUGAGAAGACUACCACUAGAUCGCCGGUAACUUGGUGGACGACUACCACAUCAACCACUAAAAGGCCUACUACAACUCAAAGACCGAUCUAUCAUCCUCCUUCGGGAUCUGUUAUCCCCCCUCCGACAGUAGUUAGUCCAGAACUAGAUCGACCAGUGAAAAAAUGUGAAACGCAAGAGUAUAUACCGGAUCCUAAGAACUGUAACGCCUUCUACAGAUGCGUCGGUAACGAAUUACAAAAGCAAUAUUGCGCCGGAGGAUUACAUUGGAACAAAGAACAACAACUUUGUGAUUGGCCAGAUAGAGCUAAAUGCGUCGAACAUAAUAACGUUUUCAAGCCCACAACUAAAAAACCUUUGAAACCAACAACUUCGAAUUGGCAAUCGAUCGGAACGACUACAAGAAGAACUACUAGUUUACCUUUAACAACAAUUGCUGAUACCUGUAAUAGCGGCUCCUACUAUCCCCACGAACUAUGCAAUCAUUUUUACGUGUGUUUCAAUAAACAAUUAGUGGAACAAGUUUGUCCUCCAGGACUUAACUUUGAUGCCGAAAAGGGCAUGUGCGAUUGGAGCUUCAAAGUUAAAUGUACCAAUAGGAAGAAAGUGGCACAGAUAUUUACGACCAUACAUGACAGAUAUUAUAGCGGACGUCCGCAGCCUCAUUCGAAAUGUGAAGGUAAUUCUUUCGCGCCCUUAAUAGGUAGUUGCACCCAAUUUAUGCAUUGUCAAUGGAACAAAUACGAAAUAAUGCAAUGUGCACCCGGGUUACACUGGAAUAAUGAGAAAAAAAUUUGCGAUUGGCCUUUAAACGCACAUUGCACCGAAGAAAGCAACACCAAUGAACUUGAUGAAGAUUUUGAUACGGAUACAAGUACACCUCCGUCAUGGGGCAAACCAACAACUUCAGGUAGUUAUCCGGAAUGGUCUCCGGCAAGUACUACCAAGUAUCCCGAAUGGACACCACCAAGUACCACACAAUGGACACCAGCUUCAACUGAAUCUACUGGGAAUGAAUGGGAAUGGCAUCCUCCAAUACCACCAACGUCAGAAAAACCACCCUUACCUGAAACGUUGAAACCUCUAUCGGGAUAUUAUAAAAUCGUUUGCUAUUUCACCAACUGGGCGUGGUAUAGAAGAGGUAUUGGAAAAUAUUUACCAGAAGAUAUAGAUGAAAAUCUCUGUACUCACAUUGUUUAUGGAUUCGCAGUUUUGGAUUAUUCCAAUUACGUCAUCAAAGCGCACGAUUCAUGGGCAGAUUUUGACAAUCAAUUUUACAAGCGCGUUGUAGGAUAUAAAUCGAAAGGAGUAAAAGUUUCUCUAGCCAUUGGAGGCUGGAACGAUUCUUUGGGAGAUAAAUAUUCGAAGCUUGUAAACAAUCCAGCAGCGAGACGUCGAUUUAUCGAGCACGUUAUGAAAUUUUUAGAAAAAUACAAUUUCGACGGCUUAGAUCUAGAUUGGGAAUAUCCAAAAUGUUGGCAGGUCGAUUGUAAAAAAGGUCCCGAUUCGGAUAAAGCAGCUUUCGCGGAUUUCGUAAAAGAAUUAAAACAAGCUUUCAAACCGAAAGGUUAUCUUCUAUCAGCUGCCGUAUCACCAAGUAAAACAGUUAUAGACGCAGGGUAUGACGUACCAGCUCUAGCAGAACAUCUCGAUUGGGUCGCUGUUAUGACUUACGAUUUCCACGGUCAAUGGGAUAAACAAACCGGACACGUGGCUCCGCUAUACUACCACCCCAAAGAUGAAGUAGCUUUCUUUAAUGCGAACUUUUCUAUCAAUUAUUGGAUAUCAGAAGGACUGCCGAGAAGGAAAUUAAUCAUGGGAAUGCCUCUAUACGGUCAGUCGUUCCGUUUGGAAAAAGAAUCUGAGAAUGGAUUGAACGCCAAAGCUCCAGGACCUGGAGAAGCGGGAGAAUAUACUCGAGCAGCUGGGUUUUUAGCUUACUACGAAAUUUGUGAUAAAAUUAAAAAUAAGGGUUGGAAUGUUGUACAAGAUCCUACAGGAGCGAUGGGACCUUACGCAUUCAAAGGUAAUCAAUGGGUAUCGUUUGACGACGCAGCAAUGAUAAGAAAAAAAUCUGAAUAUAUAAGAAAAAUGGAUUUGGGAGGUGGAAUGAUAUGGGCUCUAGAUUUGGAUGAUUUUAAAAAUAGUUGUGGCCAAGGAAGACAUCCAUUACUGACGAUCAUAAGGAAUACUUUAGCUGAUGCCGGUAGCGGUCAUCCGGAGCCUUUUUCAGUUGAAGAAAUGCCAUCACCAUCGAUAGAAGCCGUUGUGGAGGAAGUUUCGGAAACGUCUUCACAAUUGCAAAGCCUAAUAGAUUCGAACUCUGAAUAUAAAGUCGUUUGUUACUUUACCAAUUGGGCUUGGUAUAGACAGGGCGUUGGGAAGUAUCUACCUCAAGAUAUUGAUCCGGAUUUAUGUACGCACAUCGUUUACGGAUUCGCAGUUUUAAACGGAGAUCAAUUAAUAAUAAAACCUCAUGAUAGUUGGGCUGAUUUCGAUAAUAAGUUCUAUGAGAAAGUGACGGCCCUAAAGGAGAAGGGUAUCAAAGUAUUGAUAGCUAUAGGUGGUUGGAAUGACUCUGCUGGCGAUAAAUAUUCCAAAUUGGUUAAUAAUCCUUCGGCGAGGAGACGUUUUAUAGCGCACGUAUUAGAUUUUAUCGAAAAGCAUAAUUUCGAUGGACUAGAUUUGGAUUGGGAAUAUCCGAAAUGUUGGCAAGUGGAUUGUAAAAAAGGACCGGUAACAGAUAAAGCAGCUUUCGCUGCUUUCGUUAGAGAGUUGCAUGAAGCUUUUCGACCGAAAGGUUGGUUACUAUCAUCAGCCGUGUCACCAAGUAAAAAAAUCAUCGACGCAGGAUACGACGUACCAAUUUUAUCAAAAUAUUUAGAUUGGAUCGCGGUUAUGUGUUACGACUAUCACGGUCAAUGGGAUAAAGUAACAGGACACGUUGCUCCCAUGUACGAACAUCCCGAAUCCAGCGAUGAUACUUUUAAUACUAAUUUCACCAUCAAUUAUUGGAUUGAAAAAGGUGCCGAUAGAAAAAAACUCGUUAUGGGUAUGCCGAUGUACGGACAAUCGUUUUCUUUAAGUGAUAACAGUAACCAUGGUUUAAACGCUCCUAGUUACGGAGGGGGAGAAGCAGGAGAUGAAACUAGAGCCAGAGGAUUUUUAGCAUAUUACGAAAUUUGCAGUAACAUCAAACGAAAAAAUUGGACUUUAGUUCGAGAUAAUAAAGGUCGAAUUGGUCCUUAUGCUUACCAUAGAGAUCAAUGGGUGUCUUUUGAUGAUAUCGGUAUGAUAAGACACAAAUCCGAGUACGUUAAAGCUAUGGGUCUUGGUGGUGGAAUGAUAUGGGCAUUAGAUCUCGAUGAUUUUAAAAAUAUUUGUAACUGUGAGGAAUACCCUUUACUGAAAACAAUCAAUAGGGUAUUAAGAGGCUACAAAAUACCGGAUCCCAAAUGUAUCUUAGAUACACGAACGGUAAACACCCCUACUAUUGUUCUUCCUCCACAGAAACCUUCCGUUAUACCAGAUUUACCAUGUUCGGGAAGGUUGUUCCUUUCCCACGAAACUAACUGUAACCAGUACUAUUUAUGCAAUCAAGGUCACCUGCAGUUACAAUCGUGUCCUGAUAGUCUUUAUUGGAACGUGGAUCAUUGCGAUUGGCCAGAAAAUAGUCAAUGUCAUCCCGAUGGUAGUACCGCAACUCCUGUUGAUGAUAUCGCCGAUAAUACCAUUCAAAUUCCUGAGGAUAAUUCCAUUGAAAAACCUGGUAACGAAGUUAAUCAAGGACAUAAAGUCAUUUGCUAUUUUACCAAUUGGGCGUGGUAUAGGCAAGGGGAUGGUAAAUACCUACCAUCGGAUAUAAAUCCAGAAUUAUGUACACAUAUCAACUACGGAUUUGCAGUUUUGGACCCCGAUUCUUUGUCUAUCAAACCUCACGACUCUUGGACCGAUAUCGACAAUGGAUUUUACAAAAAAGUAACCGAAUAUAAAUCGAAAGGAGUAAAAGUGUUGAUAGCUAUCGGUGGUUGGAACGAUUCUUUGGGAGAUAAAUAUUCGAGAAUGGUGAAUAAUCCUGAAGCUAGAGCGAAAUUUGUUACGAGCGUUAUCGAUUUUAUUGAAAAAUACGAUUUCGAUGGUUUGGAUCUCGAUUGGGAAUAUCCGAAAUGUUGGCAGGUCGAUUGCAACAAGGGCCCCGAUACCGAUAAACAAGCCUUCGCUUCUUUAGUAACAGAACUCAGUUCGGCUUUCAAACCAAAAGGGCUCUUAUUAUCCUCCGCGGUAUCCCCAAGUAAAGCAGUUAUAGAUGCCGGUUACGACGUACCUACUUUAAGUAAAUAUUUGGAUUGGAUUUCCAUUAUGACUUACGAUUUCCACGGCCAUUGGGAUAAACGUACAGGACACGUGGCACCUUUAUAUUAUCAUCCCGGUACUACAUACGAUUACUUCAAUUCGAAUUAUACUAUAAACUACUGGAUAUCGAAUGGAGCACCUCCUGAGAAGCUAAUUAUGGGUAUACCCCUGUACGGACAAUCGUUCACUUUAGCUGAUUCCUCAAAUAACGGUUUGUAUGAAAAGACUUACGGUCCUGGUGAAACUGGGGAAUUUACUGGUGCCGGUGGAUUCUUAUCCUUUUAUGAGAUUUGCGAAAAGGUAAGAAAAUACGGUUGGAAUGUAACAAGAGAUCCGAAAGGCAGAAUUGGACCGUAUGCAACGCACGGUACCCAAUGGGUUUCAUACGACGACAUAUCAGAAGUUAAACGAAAGGCGAAACUUAUUAAACAACUCGGUCUCGGUGGCGGGAUGGUAUGGGCGUUAGAUUUGGACGAUUUUAGGAAUCGGUGCGGUUGCGGACAUCAUCCCCUAUUAAAAGCCCUCAAUAAAGAAUUAAGAGGACGAAAAUCGGAUAUCACAAUGUCGAAUUGUACUUAAGCAUUGUGAUUUGAUAUUUAACUUUAACGUUAAUUCACUUUUCAAUGGAUAUUUGUGUUCAUAUUGUAAGGCUAAAUAUUAUUUGUAAACAUUGACCUUUUCCAAUGCCUUCUGUAAGUAAUUUUUUUCGAAAACAUCGUUAAAUUCAUGAGAAAAAAUGGAAAUAAUCAUUAUUUUAGACUAACCAAGUGAGUUUCUACCCAUUUGGUUAAAUUCAAUUCAAUUUUGGUAAGUUGUGUCCCAAAUCACUGAUUUUUAGAAUGUUUGUAGUCACUUUAAAGCCUUUUUCACUAGGUUGCGAUUAUUAAUAAUCCAAAAGGAACACUACAACUAGAACUUCUAAUUUCCUUGGUCUAACUCCUUAUCGAACUCCUCAUUUGUGUUGAUGGUUUUUCAAGAUGUUUAUACCCUUUUUCCACUAGGUAUGAACGAACGAAAAAGCAAAAAGGAAUUUUUAACGAUGUUCCAUUACAACUUGAACUUCUAAUUGCUUUAGUAGGACUCCUUCUUGAACCCCUCGUCUGUGUUGAUGGUAUUUGACUCUUCUUACACUAUCUUAUCGGUUUCCUUCAUAGUGGAGCUUCUUGAGCCAUGUUUUUCAAAGUAUUUGUAGAUAUUUUGAAGACUUUUUCCAAUAGAUAUGGUGUUCCACUGCAACGUGAAUUUCUAAUCGCCUUUAUCGAUCUUCUUAAGUUCCUCAUUUUUGUUGUUAGUGAUCGAGUCUUCUGACAUUAUCUCGUUGGUUUUCUCCAUAUCUAUGAUCCUAAUACCUCCAAAUUAAAAUCAUCUUGAAGCAUUUUGGGUUAUUUUGGGGAAAAUAUCCUUAUUUUUAGUUUUUAAAAGACAAUUUCAUGCACUCAAACUAAUUCUAAUACUUGAUGAGGACCUUACUUUCAGUUUUUUUUUUUCUUUUUGACUUGUUAAUCCAAAAAGUGAACUCAUAUCCAACUACAGGCUAUAUUGCACUAAUUGAUGAACACAGAACACAGAAGUAUGAAAACCUACUUAAAAAUUCGAGUAAUUAUCGUAGGACGACGAAAUGUAAAAUUUAAGACAGUAUUUUUUGAGAUUAUCAAUCUUAAAUUGGAAAUAAUAAUCGCGGUAAAAACUACGAUUAUCAAUCAAUUCAUCUUUUCUAUAUAAAUAUAAAAAUAUUUCUCUUCUUUGUAACGUUUAUAAUUACGUUUAAAAGGAUACGAACAUAUUUUUAAUUUAUUAAUAGCUUAUACUUAUAUAUGUACUGAAUUAUGGAAAAAUGUAUUGAAUAAACAAUUUUUUUUAAUAAA